AGUAAACCGUGCAUUUUCCGCUCUGCUGUCUUCACCUGAAACAACACGCUGCCGAUGAUGCUGUUGCAGGCGACAAGCUUGAGUGAGACAUGAUGCUUUUCCACUAUGCGAGAACUAUAUUCAUGAUACCAACAGUUCCUUGUGCAACAAUACAAAGACACAGACGUAGAAACCGUUCUAAAAAGACAUGCUUCUACGAUGUAUCCUCUCUACAACAGACAAUAUGAGGGAUUUACAGGGGAUGACAAUGAGAUGAGGGACAACAUUCAUAGAAGAACAUGUCACAGCUCUUUCAGCUACUCAUCUUUUGAUGAUGAAGAGGAGUUGAAGGAUAAAGAACAGGUGAAGGCACCUGCGGAGGAGGAGUGUUCCCACAAGAGUGAAGAUGUGUCACGUGUUUCUCCACUACCCAGAACCACCCAGGUGGUAUUUGAGAUCCAGUCGGGAAGGGCUGUGCCUCGCCUCAGGGAGCCCCGACACCUGUACGGUGUGUCUGGACAUGUGUCCCAAACAUUGCCACGCUGGCCCCACGAGUGGGAGGUCAUCCCGGGGGAAAUUCAGCAUAUUGAGUGGGCUCCUCCCUUCCCAGAGCCGCUGUGUGCUCAGAUGAACACCAGCGAGUGGCUGAGACCAGAGUCUGAAGAGGAAGGCGCCGUUGUGUAUGACACACAGAGAGAUAAAGAUAACUACUUCCUGGGUUCUCGUGUGGGGGGCCGUCGCUCCUCCCUGACCGCUGCUGCUGUGUCUCUCUCUGGCCCUGAUGACAUCACUCUGCUGUUCGAGGGACGCUUCGAGAGUGGCAACCUGCUGAAAGCAACAAGGGUUGGUGAAUUUGAUUAUGAGCUCUCGCUGCGGACGGACCUGUACACAGAGAAGCACACUCAGUGGUUCUACUUCCGGGUGAGGAACACGAGGGCGGGGGUUCGUUACCGCUUCACCAUCACCAACCUGCUGAAGGUGACCAGUCUGUAUGAAGAGGGGCAGCUGCCUCUGCUCUACUCUGAAGAGGAGGCCCGGAUCCAGGGGGUGGGCUGGCACCGCGUGGGCCAACAGGUGUCCUACCAACGUAACGGACGGCAGCACGCCAACCAGCCCUGCUACUCCCUCUCCUGGACCUUUUGCUUCCCUUAUGACCAGGACACCUGUUACCUGGCCCACUGCUUCCCCUACACCUACUCCAACCUGUGGGCUCACCUGUCCGAGAUCGAGCGGGACCCCCACCGCUCGCGGUUCUGUAAGGUGCGGACUCUGUGCCGGUCGCUGGCAGGUAACCUGGUUCCGGUGCUGACGGUGACCAACCCAUCCUACCGUGGGGACAGGAUUCACAAGCCUGCUGUGGUUCUGACCGCCCGGAUACACCCCGGGGAGACCAACAGCUCCUGGGUGAUGAGGGGUAUCCUGAACUUCCUGCUGGGAGAUUCUCCAGACGCGGCGCUGCUUCGAGAUGCCUUCGUCUUCAAGCUGGUGCCCAUGCUGAACCCGGACGGGGUUAUAGUAGGUAACUACCGCUGCUCGCUGACCGGACGUGACCUCAACCGCAACUACAAGUCCAUCCUCAGAGACUCCUUCCCUACCGUGUGGGCCACACACACCAUGGUCCAGAGACUGUGUGAGGAGCGUAAGGUGCUGCUGUACUGUGAUCUCCAUGGACACAGCCGUAAACACAACGUCUUCACCUACGGCUGUGAGAACCCCCGGCCCGCUGACAGACACCCUCACCAACGAGUCUUCCCUCUGAUGCUCAGCAAGAACUGCCCUGACAUGUUCUCGUUUGGGAGCUGUAAGUUCAAGGUAGAGCGCAGUAAGGAGGGAACAGGUAGAGUGGCUCUGUGGAGGCUGGGGGUCCUCAACUCCUUCACCCUGGAGACAUCGUUCUGUGGCUCCAACAUCGGUAAGAGGAAAGGGACCCAUUUCAGCACUCAGGACCUAGAGAUGUUGGGGGCUCAGUUCUGUGACACACUACUGGACUACUGUGACCCGGACCGGACAAAGUACAGCGCGUGUUUGAGAGAGCUACAGGAGAUCAUGAGACAGGAGGCAGGUCUGCCAAUAGACAACGAGCCUACAGAUACCUCACUGACCGACCACGAGGCCAGCACCAGUGGAUCCAACAGCUCCCAGACGGACGGACCUCCUGCUCACCUCCAGGCCUUCAACAAGAUGACGUCCCGUAAGAAGCUGAAGUCCAAGAAGGAGAGGAACAAAUCUCCCCUGGUCAGAGCCAGGGAGAGUGAGGAAAAGGGGGAUAAUGGUGUCAAAAAGACGUUGAAGAAAAGCAAAUAUGUAUUGAAGCCUUUAAAGGCUCCUCCAGCAGUGCCCAGGAGGGAACCUCCAAAAUGGAGGGAGAGACAACUGGUCCCCCCUGAUCCCAGUCCGCCAGAUAAGAAGGCAGUCUAUCGUUCCUUCUGAACGGAGAGAAAGACUGUUACACUGGUUAUAUUUUUCAUCAUUCUCUUACCCCCCUCAAGUGGUGUAGGAGAAUACUGCGUUCCCACAUUCACACUCACAACAUGAUAUUCAUUUGAAUCACUGAAUGUCUGUUUUCUCCUGUUGUGCAUGUAACUAAGCAUUCCUCUUAAGCAUGUGUUUAUUUCUGCAUCCCUCAGUUAUUCAUUUAUCAUGAUGAUACAUGUUCAGAGCAUGUAUCACCGUCCUCCCUGCGUGUUUCCUUCAGGUAUCUGUCCUAUACCUUGUCUUUGACACCAAGAAGCCGGCCAUGACAUCGAAGGUAGAACUCUUAUGGACAAGUCAAAGCCGACAACACUUUGUUUAACACUACAGUACGUAAUUUGAAGGAUUGGCUUGUGUUGGUUUCAAUUUUACAGUCGGAGUACCUGCAGCACCUGAUGGCUGAUUAUGUGAGGAGCAGGAUGCAGCUGACCCUCAAUGGCUACGACUGGGGUCCUUGCCAGUGCCCCCAGGCCACCCACCUGCCCCACUCACAGCUGCCCCGGGACAACAGAGACGGGGGGCGACUGCCCGGCCUGGCUAACCUGCCUGCAGGAGACAAGUCCAUCAGAAGGCUCUCCCCAGUCCAGUGGAGAGGAACCACAUCCUACACCGCCCCAUCCAACCUGCAACUCCCAUCCAACAGGUAGACACAUACAGUAUAUCACAAAAAUUCCCUCCACUGCCUCCGGUUCCUGUAAGGGAGUUUGUCUCUGAGCCCGAGGAGCUACCCAGCAUGUCAGCAGGGAUGGAAUGGCUGUUACUGUGACCACCCUGCCCCAUAUUCACCCACCUGGGGACCGACUCAGACUCAGGAGCCUGUUUCCAAAGCACAUGUCAUUCUGAUCCGUCAAGAAUGAAACACAAAAAUAAGAAGCUGAAAGUAACUGAAGAAAUUAAAAGAAACAGAUCGGUGCAUCAUCAACACAACAAGACCACAUCAGGAACCUCACCGAUGAAUGUCGUUGCUGUAAAUGAGAAGUUCUUCUCAGUCAAGUUACCUGGUAAAAUAAGGGAUAAAUAACCUACCUGAGUGCAUUGUGGAGGGGAUGAGCAGCAUGCUGAGGAAGUCUGCCAAGGCCAUGCGGAGCAGCAGGAUAUCCAGCUGGUUCUUCCUCUGGGUGUUUUACUUGGCAAAAGGAGAGAACACCAUCAGGUUGGCAUAGAAACCGAUGCCCAGGAUCACCCCGCAGCUACAGAAAAGGAUCAGGGAGGACAUGUUGGGGACAGCCUAUUGUGAGAUACAGGGAAGGCUUAGUUCAUGUUUGGGAUAAUUCCAUUUCACAAUGCAAAAGCAGGCCUCUUUUUUGGUGAAGACGAAAUACACUUUAUGUACUUGGAAUAUAAUUAGCUUGAUUUAGGUUUUAUAACCACAAAUAACUGAAAAAACGGACUAAAUCACUAUUAUUAUAGUAUUUAAAACUACAUUGACGUGUUCUGUUUCUGAAAUAAUAGUUUGGAUGACUCUGUUCUGCUCUUGUGGUGUACUCACCAUACUCUGGGUUUAUUGAGUGAUGUUCAUGUGUACCAAGAUAAAUUGCAGUUCUCCGACAUGAGUGAAUUCGGCAGCCACUCCGUGAAUUUAAUUUAGAAGGUCCUCAUAAUGAUGAAAAUUGUUUAAGAAAACGGUAUUGCGUGUGAGAAUAAAAAUUUGAUUUGAUUUGA